AUGUACGAUUAUCGUGAAUAUCACUUAGGAAACGAAGGUCUUGAAAUGUGUGCUUCCAAUGAUUCAAGAAUUCAGGCCAUUUGGAGAACUCGAACUUCGUGGGAAAAGUUUAAAGACCAGUAUACAUGCCGCGGAUCUGUUGAUAAAUUAUCCGAAGCAAGGUACUAUACCGUGAAUAAGCAGUUCACUGUCUAUGGCGCAGCUCGGAGUCAAUAUUUCACAAGAAAUGACUAUGGGGUAAAAGACGGUAAACUUUAUAUAUGCAAAGAAAAGUUCAAACCCACAUCAACAGAGUAUACCCAGGAAGAUCUAUUAAUGUGCAACGAUUCAAUCAUCAAUAUAAAAUACGAUGAUGAAUACAAAGUUCGGACAGACUUUUCUAUACUCUAUAAGAACAAGGUGUACGAUUAUACUGAGUAUCGAGUUCUGAAUGAUAGCAUAAAGAUUUGCAACUCCACUGAUAAAUACGUCAAGAAUAUUUGGAAAGUACGCAAUAAAUGGCUAAAGGCGACAAUGCAUCGUAAAAGUUGCAAUAAACACAUUAGAACCUUGUGGUUUUACCGAAAGUAUUACACUGUGAAUAAGCAGUUCACUGUCUAUUUGGGAAGUCGUGGUCAAUAUUUCACAAGAAAUGACUAUGGGGUGCACGGCGGUAAACUUUAUAUAUGCAAAGAAAAGUUCAAACCCACAUCAACAGAGUAUACCCAGGAAGAUCUAUUAAUGUGCAACGAUUCAAUCAUCAAUAUAAAAUACGAUGAUGAAUACAAAGUUCGGACAGACUUUUCUAUACUCUAUAAGAACAAGGUGUACGAUUAUACUGAGUAUCGAGUUCUGAAUGAUAGCAUAAAGAUUUGCAACUCCACUGAUAAAUACGUCAAGAAUAUUUGGAAAGUACGCAAUAAAUGGCUAAAGGCGACAAUGCAUCGUAAAAGUUGCAAUAAACACAUUAGAACCUUGUGGUUUUACCGAAAGUAUUACACUGUGAAUAAGCAGUUCACUGUCUAUUUGGGAAGUCGUGGUCAAUAUUUCACAAGAAAUGACUAUGGGGUGCACGGCGGUAAACUUUAUAUAUGCAAAGAAAAGUUCAAACCCACAUCAACAGAGUAUACCCAGGAAGAUCUAUUAAUGUGCAACGAUUCAAUCAUCAAUAUAAAAUACGAUGAUGAAUACAAAGUUCGAACUGACUUUUCUAUACUCUAUAAGAACAAGGAGUACGAUUAUACUGAGUAUCGAGUUCUGAAUGAUAGCAUAAAGAUUUGUAACUCCACUGAUAACUACGUCAGGAAUAUUUGGAAACUACGCAAUAAAUGGGUAAACACGAGAAUGCAUGAAAAAAGUUGCAAUAAACCAAUUAGAACCUUGUGGUUGUACCGAAAGUAUUACACUGUGAAUAAGCAGUACACUGUCUAUUUCGCAGCUACGAGUCAAUAUUUCACAAGAAAUGACUAUGGGGUGAAAAACGGUAGACCUUAUAUAUGCCAAGAAAAGUUCAAACCCACAUCAACAGAGUAUACCCAGGAAGAUCUAUUAAUGUGCAACGAUUCAAUCAUCAAUAUAAAAUACGAUGAUGAAUACAACGUUCGAACUGACUUUUCUAUACUCUAUAAGAACAAGGUGUAUGAUUAUACUGAGUAUCGAGUUCUGAACGAUGGCAUAAAGAUUUGCAACUCCACUGAUAACUACGUCAGGAAUAUUUGGAAACUACGCAAUAAAUGCAUGGUAAACGCGAGAAUGCAUGAAAAAAGUUGCAAUAAACCAAUUAGAACCUUGUGGUUUUACCGAAAGUAUUACACUGUAAAUAAGCAGUUCACUGUCUAUUUGGGAAGUCGUGGUCAAUAUUUCACAAGAAAUGACUAUGGGAUGAAAAACGGUAAACUUUAUAUAUGCCAAGAAAAGUUAAGAUCCUCAUCAACAGAGUAUACCCAGGAAGAUCUACUAAUUUGCAAGGAUUCAAUCAUCAAUAUAAAAUACGAUGAUGAAUACAAAGUUGGAACUGACUUUUCAAUAAUCUAUAAGAACAAGGUGUACGAUUAUACCGAGUAUCGAGUUCUGAAUGAUGGCGUAAAGAUUUGUAAUUCCACUGAUAACUACGUACGAAAUAUUUGGAAACUACGCAAUAAAUUGGUAAAGGCGAGAAUGCAUGAAAAAAGUUGCAAUAAAUCCAUUACAUACAUUCAGUUCGGUCGAAAGGAAUACACUGUGCUUAAGGAUUUCAGAGUUCAGAUUUUGGCAACAAAGCAGCUGAUAAGAAAGUACGGUUUAGGAGUUGAAGGUGGACUUAUAACAUGUGUGACGGAAUGCGCCAAUUUUACCUUUUCUAUAAAGUAUGAAGAUGACUACAGAGUUUGGAACAACUUCUCAAUGAUGUACCAAGGUCGAAUGUACUCUUAUGAUGCGUACAGAAUAACGGACGAUGGUCUACAAGUUUGUAAUUCUUCUGACCGUCUCAUUAAAGAAAAAUGGCGGAAUUUCAUUGUUGCGGAAAAGAUAAAGACAGCUUUCAAACAUUGUAAUGUAUAUGUGGACGGUUUUUAUUCCGAAAAUUACACACUACAUACAAACUUUACUGUUUUCUUCAAACCUACCAAUCAAAAAUUUAGAAGGCAAGAUUACGGAGUGAUUAUGGGGUAUUUUGCAAUUUGUUCAAGAAAGCUCAGAUUGUCCUGCAACGGUUAUUUGUCCAAAGUGAAGUACGAUGAACAAUACAACGUUUUUGAAAACUUUUCGCUGUUUCACCAUAACAAAACAUACGAUUAUCGCGAAUAUCGAUUCAGCCACGACAGUCUUGAAAUGUGUGGUUCCAAUGAUUCAAGAGUUCAGGCGAUUUGGAGAACGCGAAAUUCGUGGCAAAAGUCUUUACCCGCAUCCUGUUAUCGUUCUUAUACAUUAAAUGCAAGAUACUACACUGUGACAAAGCAGUUUGCUGUGUAUUCGGCAGAUAACGGUCAAUAUUUCAAAAGAAAUGACUAUGCGGUGAUAGACGGUAAACCUUAUGUAUGCGGCAAAGAAAAUUUGAGACCAAUUUACGUAAUUUCAAACUUUAAGAUUAUUAUAGCACCAUUAUGUGCUUUAGCGCUUUCUAUUAUUUCUUUGCUAUUGUUGUUGAUAGUUUACUGCAUGCUUCCAGAACUGCGCACACUUCCUGGUUUGAAUUUAAUGAGUUUUAGCUUCGCCUUGCUGUUGUGGCAGACUUACCUUGUUGUAUUUUUGUCACUGUAUUCUCGUGUAGGUAAACUGUUUGAGAUACCGUGUGCUAGGCUGUUUGUAGCAAAUAAGUUUAUGACGUAUAGUAUAAUUAUGAAUGCUGCGGUUAAUAUCUAUCACUUAAGAAAAACCUUUUGUGGCAAUACUCUAGUGAAAUCUGAUGAACUGAAGAAGUGGAACAGGUUUUUGAAGUAUACUCUCGUUAGCUGGGGAGUUCCCGUCAUUAUAACGAUUGUUUACAUUGUACUAGUAAAGGAAGAUGUUAUAAGGUUUGAUCAACCUAUUGUGUCUGUGAAGAACGAUGUUCAGUCAAGCUCAAAGUUUUAUCAACGCAUUGUAUUUGCGAAUGGAGAUGCGACGGCAUAUAAAAUAAGGAUUUUUCACCGUAUCGCAUCAUUGAAGGGAGAUGUUCGUCGGUCAAAGUUGAGGUUAAAUCAAAGCACUGUAGCAAGGAUUUAUCAACCUAUUAUAUCUUUAAAGAAAGAUGUUCAGUCAAGCUUAAAGUUUUAUGAACGUAUUGUAUUUGCGAAUGGAGAUGGGAAGGAAGAUGAUGCAAGGAUUUAUCAACAGAUCUCUGGAGAUUGUAUCAAUGGUCAAAUUACUCCCGAUUGGUCAGCUGCUGUUGAUGUAUAUGGUAUUCAAGGUUGUCUUUUGUUGUACAUUAUUGGAAUGUUCAUCUUCACUGCUUAUCGAAUUCACCAAAAACUCAAGGCCAGCAGGAAUAUUGCACAGAAAUCGAAUAUUGUUAAGCGUCGCAAAUUUGUCAUAUUGCUCAAGCUGUCGGCCACUGCAGCGUUUGCCUUAAGUUAUUGGUUUCCUCUCUUCAUAUCUAGAAUCGUGGAUUUUGAUUUCGAGAUAAAGAUAGCGUUGUAUACUGUAGCGUUGCUUACUGGUGCUACAUUGGUAUUGCGUUUGUCUUCACACGAAGAAAUUAUCAGUUGCUCAAGAAAAAAUAUUUCCCGGCAAAGAAUAAUCCGCCAGUUAACGAAAUUCCACUGAAUAGACUAUAGUAGAAGUAAGUCGGCUGUGUAAGUGUAAAUAAGUAAUUAAGUAAGCAAGCAAGUUAAGCAGGCAUGCAAGCACGUAUUAAUAUAUAUAUAUAAAGAAAACAUGUGUGUAUAUAGAAUAAGUAAUUAAACAGUAAUUAAUGAACAGUGAUUAAUUUGAAAUCUGGUCUGUAAUCAUGUACACCACUUGUAAAAAAGGCAACGUAUUCGAC